UCAUGUAUUCCUUCCGACCAUGAUGCACCGCGGAGUGGGGUUGGGCUACGUGAGCCAAGAUGGCUGACUUUGAGGAGCCGCUCUCGGAUGAGGAGAAGGUGCGCAUCGCUGCCAAUUUCAUAACUUAUUCACCACCGGGAGAAUUUAACGAAGUCUUCAAUGAUGUGCGGUUGCUGCUCAACAAUGACAAUCUUCUCAGGGAGGGGGCUGCUCAUGCAUUUGCCCAGUACAACAUGGAUCAGUUUACCCCGGUGAAACUUGAAGCACAUGAAGAUCAGGUCUUGAUAACCGAGCAUGGAGAUCUUGGUCACGGCAGAUUUUUUGACCCCAGAAACAAGCUUUCAUUCAAAUUUGACCAUUUGAGGAAAGAAGCAAGUGACUCUCAGUCUUAUGAUGUGGAGUCUAACUUGAGACCCUGGAGAGAUGCUUGCGAUGAUGCCCUUAGAGCAUAUGUCAAGGAGCAUUAUCCUAAUGGUGUUUGCACGGUCUAUGGUAAGACAAUUGAUGGACAGCAAACAAUUAUUGCCUGCAUCGAGAGCCACCAGUUUCAACCUAAAAAUUUCUGGAAUGGCCGUUGGCGAUCGGAAUGGAAAUUUACCAUCAACCAAUCCACCACUCAAGCUGUGGGAGUACUCAAGAUACAGGUCCAUUACUAUGAAGAUGGGAAUGUUCAGUUGGUUAGCCAUAAAGAAAUUCAGGAGUCCUUGACAGUGUCUAAUGAAGCCCAAACAGCCAAAGAGUUUGUGAAAAUUAUUGAGAACUCUGAAAAUGAAUAUCAGACUGCCAUCAGUGAAAACUAUCAGACGAUGUCAGACACGACUUUCAAAGCCUUACGUCGGCAGCUUCCUGUCACCCGCACCAAAAUCGAUUGGAACAAGAUCCUCAGUUAUAAGAUUGGAAAAGAAAUGCAGAAUGCUUAGAACUGGACAUGUAUGCAUGAGAUCUGCUUGUGUAAAGAUGUACAAAAAAAAAAAAAAAUUUUAAAAAGGAGGCAGAAGAAUGUGGACAGUCUCACAGGCAGUGUGGUGGUGAAGGAAGUUAAAAAAAAAAUACAAUUAGAAAUGCAAAUAGCGUUUGGAACAGAGAGGGCAUGGAUACGGUUAUGUGUGCAUUGCUAGGGUGCAGUCAAGGAAGGUAAGUGAUAGAAUUGUGACGUGACGUGAUGUGAGGGGAGGUUUAUACGCACAGUCAUAAGAAUUUUGACAGUUCCCUAGCAAUGAAA